AUGGGCUUCCUCGCAGUGUGUACUGCGCUUUACGACUACCAGCCCCAGUCAGAGGGUGAGCUCGAACUGAAAGAGGGAGAUAUUCUCUAUAUUCUAGAAAAGAGCACCGAUGAUGACUGGUGGAAGGCAAAGAAAAGGGCUGUAGCUGAAGAUGAGGAUGAGCCGGAGGGUCUAAUCCCAUACAAUUACGUCGAGGAUACUCAGCCCAUACACAAUGCAAAAGCCUUGUACGACUACACAAGGCAGACUGAAGAGGAGGUCUCCUUCUCGGAAGACGCUGCGAUACAGGUUUACGAUACUUCCGAUCCAGAUUGGACACUAGUGUCUGUGGACGACGAGUUUGGCUUCGCGCCCGCCAACUAUAUCGAAAUCACCACGAGCCCUCCAUCUGCUACCCACGCUGACCAGUCGAGGGCCACUGCAUAUCUACCUUCACCAGUUUCAGAAACACAACAGCAAUCUUAUGCGCCAGCAUCCCCAAUACCUGACCCAGCAGGUCCAAAUGCCAGACUUGCCAACAUUAUAGGAGGCGUCACGCCCGCUCAGCCUCCUGCAACAAGACAUGUGGUCUCUCCACCUCUACCGCCGAGACAGUCAACUCCUGAUGCCUCCGACGAAGAUCAACCUCCGCCGAAACCACAAAGACCACAGUCCCAGGUCAUUCCGGUCGCUCCGCCAGCCGCUGCAUACGAUGAAGACGAUAGUCCAGGCAUUCGUGCAUCAGGAAUGAACUCGCGCGACCUGCCAAGGUCUCCCGGUGGGUUUCAUCUCUACAACAUUAGUGAGAUGGUCUCUGCCAUGGGUAAGAGAAAGAAAAUGCCUAUAACACUAGGGCUCAACAUCGCAACCGGUACAAUUAUGCUCUCUCCCGAGAAGUCUCGUGACGGACCGACUCAAGAGUGGACUGCCGACAAACUGGAGCAUUAUUCGAUCGAAGGCAAACAUGUCUUCCUUGAGCUGAACCGUCCAAGCAGAAGCUUGGACCUUCAUGCGGGAGCUAAAGAUACAGCUCGCGAAAUAGUGACUGGACUCGGUGAUAUCGCUGGAGCACACCGUGCCGAAGGUCUUAAGGAGGUCAUUACUGCAGCCUCUGGUGGCGCGCAAAGGAAAGGUAUCGUGCUCUACGAUUUUAUGGCACAAGGCGAGGAUGAAGUUACUGUUGCUGAGGGUGACGAGGUCAUUGUGUUGGACGACACAAAAUCGGAAGAGUGGUGGAACGUGAGAAGGAUCAAGAACGGCAAGGAAGGCGUUGUUCCCAGCAGCUAUGUCGAAAUCACCGGAAUUGUUGCAGCCGAACCAGCCAGUCGUUCUGGCAUCAAUGCUGGACUCUCACCUGUAGAACAGAACAGGCUGGAAGAAGAAAGGCUUGCCAAAGAAGCCGCAAGAGCCGAUCGAGCAAGACGUGCUGCCGAAGAAGCUCGCGCUCAGCAUGAUGGUCUACCUGAAAGGGGGAGUAGCCUUGCAGAAGAUGAGCGGCGCUCCUCGAAAAAGGACAAGAAACCAGUCAAGUCUGAUGGGAAAUCACGCUCGAAACCUGAUGCGAGCAAAGUACGAACCUGGACAGAUCAUUCCGGUUCCUUCAAAGUCGAUGCCCAAUUUCUAGGUGUCGCUGAUGGUAAAAUCCAUCUACACAAGGUCAACGGUGUUAAGAUCGCCGUCCCGGUGUCUAAAAUGUCACCACCUGAUCUUGCCUAUGUUGAAAAGGUAACAAAUGAGUCGAUCGACGAGCAUAUUCCGUUGGCUGAUCUUAUCAAGAUGAAGCGAAGGAAUCAAGAUUCGAAUAGUGCUGGUGCCUCAAUUACUCCGAGCUCUUCUGGAACACGGAACAAGAUGUCGGAUUACGAUUGGUUCGAGUUCUUCCUCAAUGCUGGUGUUGGCCCACACCAAUGCGAGCGCUAUGCACAGGCCAUGACUAGAGAUUCUAUGGAUGAGAGUGUCCUGCCAGACAUCCAGAUCGAAACUCUGCGGACCUUAGGUCUCAAAGAAGGCGAUGCGCUCAAAGUGAUGAAAUACUUGGACCAGCGUUUCGGCAGGACCAAGGUCAACGGUGAGCCUGGGGGUCUGUUCAGCAAUGCAGAUGGUGGUCUGAAAGACAACACUAGGAAACGGCCUGAUGCCAAUAGAACGACUGCUGAUACUGUUGACGCUAGUGUGCUUCAAUCUGAGGCACCAAGAGCGCCGAGUGAAUCACGACCUACACCACUCACAUCAGCGCCUGUUCCGCAUGCAAAGGAUGGAUUCGAUGAUGAUGCCUGGACACCGAAACCUAGUAGGCAACCAGUUGCAAGCCCUGCUCCUGCUCAAACGUCCGUCCCUGCCGUCAAACCACCUUCCGCAAACAUGCAAGCAUUAUCUCUACUGGAUCAACCUCUUGAACCGACUCCGGCACCUCCACGCCCUGUAUCUCAAGCAUCAAUACCACCAGUAGCUCAGUCCCCACAACCUGCACCUCAGCAGCUACCUAGCCAAACAGGCGCCACUCCACAACUGUUCCAGCAAGUCGGUCAGGCACUUCAAGUACCACAAACUGCUUCACGACAGCGGCCGCAAGCACCGCAGCAAAACUAUACAGGCUCUGCAUUGUUAGCGCCUCCCCCAAGACCUCUUUCUGCACCACAAAAUGCACCACAAAACCAGUUCAAUUUACAGCCUCUUCAGGCGCAAAUGACGGGAGUCCCAACCACGACUCAUCCCGCACCUGCUGGACAAAGCCUUGGCGAGCUGACUGCUCAACGUAUGCAACAGUAUCUUCGACCACAGCAGACUGCUUUUAUGCAACCAGGUAUGCAGUUGCAGAACGGCUUCCAGCCACAAGCAACCGGCUUUCUGCAGCAGCAACAAUUUGGACAACCUCAACAGCCGUACCUCAACGGAAAUGCAACUGGUAGUCCUUUUGCUGAUCCAAGAACAAACAUGUUACCACAACCUACUGGUUUUGGCUCUUUCCAGCAGACCGGACAACCUCAAGGCGGCAUCAACUCAAUGCUUCCGCCGGCACUUACACCUCAACGGACUGGUUUUCCACAAGCACAGCCACAAUUGCAGCAACAGAAUGGGUUUAACCAGUUCCAACCUCAACAAUCCAGCUUUCCACCAGGGGGUUUACAACCACAACCAACCGGCUUCCAGCCUUCCUUUCAGCCGCAAUCAUUACAGCCACAGCCAACUGGCUUUCAAGCUCCUUUACAAACAGGUUUCGGACAGCCGAAUGGCUUUGGCGCGAACAACAUACCUCCAUUACCUCCCAUGCCUCAACAGUCCACACCUGCACCUUUGAUUCCGCAGAAGACUGCUGCGCCCGAAGUCAGGUUUGGUACUGCUGCUCCUAAACUGCAGCCUCAACCCACUGGACGGAGAGCCAACCUGGCUCAUGCUACACCACAAAAUCCAUUUGGUUUCUAA